CACCACCGCACCACCGCAACCACUCAUUUCUCCUCCUCCCCUUCUCCCGCCCUCUCUCCGUCUCUCCCCCCCCCAACCCGCCCGUCAAUUCCAUCGCCCGAACGACGAGCAUCGCUCACCCUCGCGGCUCUGCUUCCUCCUCCCUCCGCCGCCGACCACUUCGACUUGCCCUCGGAGCCUCCCUGUCUCGUCUCGAGUCGCCCCGUGUCGUCGCGCCCGUUUAGCAGCCGUCCGCCCCCUGGUGCAACACAACGGCCACGAUGAAUUCCCAGGGCGCCAACGAUGUCUCCCCCGAGGCCAUGCAGGCGCGGAUCCAGCAGGCGCGUCGCGAGGCCGAGACGCUCAAGGAUCGCAUCAAGCGCAAGAAGGAUGAGCUGUCCGACACCACCCUCCGCGCUGUCGCUCAACAGGCGCAUGAGCCGAUUCCUAAGAACCAGCUCAUGAAGGCCAAGCGAACACUCAAGGGCCACCUCGCCAAAAUAUAUGCCAUGCACUGGUCCACCGAUCGAAGACACCUCGUCUCCGCCUCCCAGGACGGCAAGCUCAUCAUUUGGGAUGCCUACACCACCAACAAGGUCCAUGCGAUUCCCCUGCGAUCCUCGUGGGUCAUGACCUGCGCCUACGCGCCGAGCGGUAAUUUUGUCGCCUGUGGCGGUUUGGACAACAUCUGCUCUAUUUACAACCUGAACCAGCAGCGCGACGGUCCCACGCGGGUAGCUCGAGAGCUUUCCGGCCACGCCGGCUAUCUCUCGUGCUGUCGUUUCAUCAACGACCGGGCGAUCCUGACGUCCUCGGGCGACAUGACGUGCAUGAAGUGGGACAUUGAGACCGGCCAAAAGGUGACCGAGUUCGCCGACCAUUUGGGUGAUGUGAUGAGCAUCAGCCUGAACCCAACGAAUCAAAACACAUUUAUCUCGGGAGCUUGCGACGCCUUCGCCAAGCUCUGGGACAUCCGUGCUGGAAAGGCUGUUCAGACCUUUGCCGGACAUGAGUCUGACAUCAACGCCAUCCAGUUCUUCCCGGAUGGCCAUUCGUUCGUCACGGGAUCCGACGACGCCACCUGCCGGCUAUUCGACAUCCGGGCUGACCGCGAGCUGAAUGUCUACGGCUCCGAGUCCAUUCUCUGCGGCAUCACGUCUGUCGCCACCUCCGUGUCUGGCCGACUUCUCUUCGCUGGUUACGAUGACUUCGAGUGCAAGGUGUGGGACGUUACGAGGGGAGAAAAGGUCGGAUCGCUCGUCGGCCACGAGAAUCGUGUCAGCUGCUUGGGCGUUAGCAACGACGGCAUCAGCUUGUGCACAGGCUCGUGGGAUUCUCUGCUUAAAAUCUGGGCGUACUGAGCGAACCUCGUCAGCGAUAUCCAAUGGAGGCAUGUCUGGAUAUAUCGACUCCAGCGGCACCGCGGACCCCAUGACAGACCCGAAUCUGCAAACGAAUCGACGACUAAUUCAGUCGUCAACUCCGAUGGCGCCACGCACAACAAGCAAGUGCCGGCGUACGCAGGACGAAGUGACGACACGUACCUCCUCACAUAUAUUACCCCCGUGGUGCUUUUUUUUUUCUUGUUAAAAACUCCGACGACGAAGCUUCGAGCGACACAAAGUCCAGACGCGAGACCAGUUGCGAGCAGCGGUGGGCCUGAGGGGGGAACUGACUGACACGAUACCUUUUUCCUUGCUUUUGUCUUUUUUUUGUUUUCUUUUUUUUCUCCGCCUUUCCACGAGCCGAAGGACUCUGCACCAUAGUUCCCCCUUCACCAAGACACCGCUGGUCGUUGGCAAAGGGCGGUUGUAUUACUUGACGGUUCUCUCAUGUCCAAGGAUGGCCUGUUUGUGUGCAUCAGUGGCCCUUCAGCGAGUAAGGGUCGGCGUAUCACGCAAGGCACGGCCACACGGAACAAGGGGACUUUAUAUACGCCAUGCAGGAUCACGAGCAGGAAUAUUGAAACUGGCAUGGACACGUGGAUGUUGUGGCGGGGGGUAGCGGAAUGAGUCAAGCGUGGUCUGAGAAGAAGAGGAGUAUUGGAGUCUAUACCAUGAACAGCCGGACCUUGACAUAAUACACUACGAUGACCCGAACAUGGCGGGGGUCGAAUUCAACCAUGGGCGUAGGACAGCU